AUGAUAAAAACCACACAGACUAUUUUAAUUCUAGAGGAGAAGAAGGAGAGAGUUGAAAUUGAUGAGGAUCUUACCAUGAGUUCGUACAUAAAUGAUAGGAAAGGGCAAUUUGGGAUUGAAAUAGCUGAGCGAGGGGAUCUUCCUCAAAUGGAAAUUAAUGUCCCAUCGGACAUUCAUUCAAUGGUUGCAGUAAGAAGAAAGAAGAAAGAGUAA